UUAUAAAAUACAAUUAUGGAGGAUCUGCAAACCUUAGCGGCUGCAGAAACUCUUUAUGAGCAAAGCAAAACCACAGACUUCUUCUACAAAAUCUACUUUAUUGUCUACAUUUUUGGUUUACCAAAUUAUUGGAUCGAAGAUUUGAAGUUGCCCACCAGAUUUGUGAGAGUAUACGACCGCUUUACGAUGUUCAACAACGCUUUGAUAUUUACUCUCAUUUGUACGGAACUGCUGGCGCCAUUUACUCAGCACAAUCUCUCUCAGAAGCAGCAAUCUAACUUCCUGAUAUACUGCAUAUCUCAUCCUAUGCUGUACGGCUUCCGCGUGAUCAUGGCCACACACCAGAAGAAGGUUAAGACCUUGCUGUACAGCCUGACGGUUGUUCUGAAGCGGGUGCACAACGACCCCGAGGUGGAAAAACAGAUGAUACACAGCGCUGUCAUGUACCUGUUCGCUUUGUGUUUUAGCUGUGCCUUGUCUAUGUUUAUGUACACUUUUGAUGCUAGCUGGGAGAUGGUCAGACACAACGCUACUUUCACGACGCUCGUAACUGCUUACCCUGACGUGGAAGACAGGUCUGAGUUAGCCUCCACAGUCAGAAUUCUAACCUACAUUGUUUGGUGGAUAUUUUUCUCAAGAAUCAUCGGGGUAUACAUUCUGGUGAUUCCACUAGCUACUUGUCUUAGCUACCAGUUCAAGAACCUGCAGAGCUAUUUUCUAAGUCUCGCUGAUAUUUUUGAAAGAGAGGAUCUGAGUCAAUCUCUGAAGGAGGAACAAUAUGAAGAGAGAUUCAAAAUCGGUAUUAGGAUGCAUUUGGAGACUCUACGAUGUACGAAGCUGACCCAAACAGUAUGCAAUGGCGUAUACAGUGGACAAAUUAUCUUCAACAUCUUAAUUCUAGUGGCAUUGAUGUCCCAAAUGGCGAAUUCCGAGCGUACCCUUGUGAACAUUUGCUCAACGGUGUUCACUGCCACUGCUGUGCUUGUAAGUACUGGCUUCUACAUGUGGAACGCUGGAGACGUAACCGUCGAAGCUUCUCAUCUGGCCACGGCGAUGUUUUUCUCUGGAUGGCACCAGUGCGGGACGGCCUCGCGUCGCGUUAGGAAACUGCUAGUCAUCACCAUAGCACACGCUCAGAGACCUGUUGUAUUGAAAGGGCUCGGAUACAUUAGCCUCUCAUAUGAAUCUUACAUCAAGAUUGUAAAGUCAUCUUAUUCAGUUUUUUCAGUGAUUUUUUAAGUUGUAAACUUCUUCAAAACCACAAGUUUGUCCGCGGAGUGCACAACCCCAAACAAAAAUUAUAAUAAAUCAGGCAAUCAGCUACUGUUUGCGCAUAAUUAUACUUAAAUUAUUAUGCUGUAAAAUUAUUCGUUCUGAUAAAUGUAAAUCCAUAAUGAUAAUACGACACUGCUAAUAAAGCAAAAUUUUAUUCACCAAA